AUGGAAAGCUCAGAUGCUGACGAUGAAGAAGACAGAGUUUCGGUCCGACGCAGAGAUCAGAUAGACCGAAAGGCUCGAGAAGAUGAUUGCUACAGACUCGUAAGUGAUCUGAGUGAAGGAGAUUACAUACUUAUGAGGGACAACAAUUUGCUUGGCCCCCUAGGUGAAAGUACAGAAGAAGAGUUGAUGAGGAGACGUCAAUUAAUGAAAGAAAACCCACUACAAAACUCAGAGGAAAAUCCAGAGAGACAUGCUACAGAUGAUGUAUCCAGUGAUGACUCUCUAAUAGACUGCCUUACCGCUUCUGGACAAACUGAAAAUGUGACAAGUGAGCAAAAAGAAUAUCUGUCUUGGAAAGAAGAGAGCCAAAAUAGUGCUAAUAGUGAUGAGCUCAGAUUUGGCUUAGAAAGAAAUCUUGACCGUGAUGAUGAAAACUCAAAUCCAGAGGAUGAAUGUGUAGCAUCUGCAAAACUUCCCAGGAGAGAAGAUACGGAAGGCAGCCAACAACAAGUGGAAACCCCACAAUCUGAGCCACUAUUUACAACACCAUCUGCAUCAGAACAAGAUACAAUGGAAACAUUAGUGGAAGUCCCACCGACUAGAAGUCAGAGAAGACUAAGAAGGAGGAGCCCAGUCUAUCGGAGCACCAGAGCAAGGACUGACAGUUGGUCACCUCCACAUUCACGGUGGGAAUUUUUUCCAAGUAUUAAUGAAGAUAUACCAUCUCAGACUCUUAAAGAACCUCUCAUAUGUGAGAAUGAGAGAUCUUCUAGAACUGGGCAUGAAGAAACAUUGAGACAGGAAAUGCCUGGACAUGAGUUACAAAGUAUGGGUCUUAUUGAAACUUCUAAAACUAGGAAUGCUGCUCAUCAAGAAUGUGAUUCAGAUACAACGUGCAGUAGUGAAUCUUGGGAAGUGAUAGAAACAAAUCUAACCACACCCUUCAUUCUCGAAGUAGAACGAGUUCAUUGCCCAGCAUGUUCUCUGAUAGACAGCAGAGUUAGUAGAGCUCAGUUAACAUCUGACUCUCCGAACAUCACUACCACUUCAGAAAGUGAGGAAGUACUUCAGCCUGUGCUUUCAUAUUCUGACGAGGCCAGUGAGAGUGCUUCUGUCAAUACCAUCGGAAAUCCCAUUCAUAGAAUUUUAAAUAUAACAUCUGUUUCAGUUCCAAGUAUAUCAUGGCAGACAAUGAUAGGAUUUAGUUACUCAAGUAAUCUUAUGGACAGUGACAGUAACUUAGAGCAUAGUGUCUCACCUCCAAGUGAAAACAUAGAAAGGGCAGAGUCACCAAAUGAAAGACAUGGACCCAGUGGUAGUGAGAGUCGCCCUGGUUCUGCUUCAGAUGCUAGAUAUGAUCCUGAUUCAAGUUUAAUAGUGAUCUCAGACUCAAGCCCCUAUUCGAUUUAUAGCUCUGCAUCCAGUCCCAUAUUCAUUUCCAGCUCAAAUGAUGAAGAUUCAGAAACUAGCUCUCUGAUCUUGGUAGAGAGUGAAGAAAGAAGCUUAUCAACAGGCUUAUCAGAGGCUGGGCAAGAAGGGGGACGAAUGACCCCAAUCAUAAUUGAUGAUAGUGACUCUGGGUCCUCCCUUAACCUGGAUGAGAUGGAAAGCUCAGAUUCCAACGAUGAAGAAGACAGAGUUUCGGUCCGACGCAGAGAUCAGAUAGACCGAAAGGCUCGAGAAGAUGAUUACUACAGAUUCGUAAGUGAUCUGAGUGAAGAAGAUUACAUACUUAUGAGGGACAACAAUUUGCUCGGCCCCCUGGGUGAAACUACGGAAGAAGAGUUGAUGAGGAGACUUCAAUUAAUGAAAGAAAACCUACCACAAAACUCAGAUGAAAAUCCAGAUAGAGGAGAUACAAAUGUGACAAGUGAACAGAAAGAAAUUCCGUCUUGGAAAGAAGAGAGCCCAAUUAGUGCUAACAGUGAUGAGCUCAGAUUUGGCUUAGAAAGAAAUCUUGACCCUGAUGAUGAGAACUCAAAUCCCGAGAAUGAAUGUGUAGCAUCUGCAAAACUUCCCAGAAGAGAAGAUACGGAAGACAGCCAAAGGCAAGUGGAAAGUCCACAAUCUGAGUCACUAUUUACAAGACCAUCUACACCAGAACAAGAUAUGACAGAAACAUUAAUGGAAGUCCCACCGACUAGAAGUCAGCGAAGAUUAAGAAGUAGCAGCCCAGUCUAUCGGAGAACCAGAGCAAGGACUGACAGUUGGUCACCUCCACACUCACUGUGGGAAAUUUUUCCAAGUAUUAAUGAAGAUAUACCAUCUCAGACUUUUAAGCAACCUCUCAUAAGUGAGAAUGAGAGAUUUUCUAGAACUGGGCAUGAAGAAAGUUUGAGACAGCAAAUGCCUGGACAUGAGUUGCAAAAUAGGGAUCUUAUUAAAACUUCUAAAACUAGGAAUGCUGUUCAUGAAGAAUGUGAUUCAGAUACAAUGUGCAGUAGUGAAUCUUGGGAAGUGAUGGAAACAAAUCCAACCACUCCCUUCAAUCUUGAAGUAGGGCAAGUUCAUUAUCAAGCAUGUUCUCAGAGAGACAGCAGACUUAGUAGAACUCAGUUAACAUCUGACUCACCAAACAACACUACCACUUCAGAAAGCGAGCAAGAGGAAUUGAAGCCUAUGUUUUCACAUUCUGACGAGGCCAAUGAGAGUGCUUCUGUCAAUACCAUCAGAAAUCCCGUUCAUAGAAUUUUAAAUACUAGCUUAAGUGACACAAUAUCUGUUUCAACUCAGAGUACAUUAUGGCAGACAAUGACAGGAUUUAGUAACUCAAGUAAUCUUAUGGACAGUGACAGUAAUUUAGAGCAUAGUGUCUCACCUCCAAGUGAAAACAUAGAAAGGGCAGAGUCACCAAAUGAAAGACAUGGACCCAGUGGUAGUGAGAGUCGCCCUGGUUCUGCUUCAAAUGCUAGAUAUGAUCCUGAUUCAAGUAUAAUAGUGAUAUCAGAUUCAAGCCCCUAUUUGAUUUCUAGCUCUGCAUCCAGUCCUAUAUUAAUUUCUAGCUCAAAUGAUGAAGAUUCAGAAACUAGCUCUCUGAUCUUGGUAGAGAGUGAAGAAAGAAGCUUACCAACAGGCUUAUCAGAGACCAGGCAAGAAGGUGGACGAACGUCCCCAGUCAUAAUCGAUGAUAGUGACUCUGGGUCCUCCCUUAUUCUGGAUCAGUUUUUCCUCCUAAAUGAAGAUGACCCAUAUGAAACUAUAGGACUUACCAGAGCACAGAUUGACAACUUGCCUUUAAGAUAUUUUGGAGAGAAUGAAGAAUUUAAAGCCUGUAGCAUUUGUAUCACAGAGUACACCGAAGGCAACACAUUACGCAUCCUACCUUGCUCCCAUGAAUUUCAUGAUCACUGCAUUGAUCACUGGCUGGCUGAGCACAUAACCUGUCCGAUUUGUCGUGGGCCAGUAGUGGAUCCACCUGAGGCAGAUAAUUCUAUGUGA